ACAGGGAGGUGGUAGUACUGUCUCUCUCUCACUCACUCACAUACGCACCCGCACACAUGGCUGUUAGUUGCUGCAUAUCUCACGAGUUCGUCAAAGCGGCGUCCAAGAACCUCGAUAAAGUAGCAGUUAUACAUGCUUGUGGUGGCUUCAAAUUCACCAGAGAAUUUCGCAACAAUCAAACUUAUAGUGACAACGUUACUUGGGAUUCUGAAAUCAACUACGAUAAAUUCUUGGACGACCUCGCAACUGGAUCGGCGUUUCAUCCUCCGGUGUACGAAGGCGACCGGUGUUUCACUUUCUCCCAAAUUCUGGCCUCCGUUGAUUCCCUCAGUUCUCGUCUCCGCCACAUUCUUGACGGUGGAGAUGAUCCCUAUCUUGUCAGACCGACCACCGGCAGUUUCUCUAGUGAGCAGCCAGUAGCUGUUGACAUGUCUGAAUCAUUGAAGUUUUCAAGUCCAGAUGUAGAGCAUUAUAUUGAGUAUCAACAUAUGUAUACUCCAAAAGUAUUGGGAAUAUAUAUGGUACCUUCUGUUGAAUACGUUGUUGCUGUUCUUUCUGUUCUUCGGUGCGGUGAGGCUUUUAUCCCUUUAGAUCCUUUAUGGCCAAAAGACAGAAUACUAUCCAUUGUUUCUUCUUCAAAUGUUGAUCUUAUAAUCGGGUGUCAAUCUUCAUUUGAUGGAAGUUGUUGUCUCAAGGUUGAUAACUCAAAUUGGCUUUUAGAUUGUGGCAAUUGUUCUAUUUUAUUCAUAUCCAUGAAAGACAACCUUCAGGAGAAAAUUUGUUCAUCACCAUUAGCAUGGCCAUGUGAAAACAGAAAAUUAAGAUCAUUUUGUUACUUGAUGUAUACAUCGGGAUCAACAGGAAAGCCUAAAGGUGUUUGUGGUACCGAGCCAGGUCUUCUUAAUCGCUUUAGGUGGAUGCAAGAACUGUAUCCCCUACAUGGAGAGGAAAUUUUAUUUUUCAAAACAUCAAUAAGCUUUAUUGAUCAUCUGCAAGAAUUUCUUGGAGCUCUUCUUACUACUUGUACACUAGUCAUACCUCCUCUCCUUGAGCUAAAAGAAAAUUUAUUCUAUAUGAUCGAUUUUCUACAGGUGUAUUCUAUCAACAGGCUUAUUGCUGUUCCAUCAUUGAUGAGAGCAGUCCUACCUGCUUUGCGAAGUCUAUAUAACAAGAGGGCUAAGAGUUCAUUAAAAUUGUUAGUGCUAAGUGGCGAGGUUCUUCCUGUGUCAUUAUGGGACAUGCUUUGCAAGUUAUUACCGAUGACUACCAUCUUGAAUUUAUAUGGAAGUACAGAGGUGUCUGGUGAUUGUACGUAUUUUGAUUGCAAAAGUUUGCCGUUGAUCUUGGAGACCGAGGCUAUAAGCAGUGUUCCCAUUGGCGUGCCUAUUUCUAACUGUGAUGUAGUGCUUGUUGGAGAGGAUUCACCCAACCAAGGAGAAUUAUAUGUUGGUGGACUCUGUGUUGCUACUGGAUACUUCUGUAAUCCUUCUGUCAUAACUCAGGAUUAUGUAAAGUUGCCUCAGGACUCCUGCUGUGACUAUUCUAUCACUGAUCAGGGAUCUCAGUAUUAUUUUAGAACUGGUGAUUUUGCAAGACGGCUUCAAAGUGGUGACUUGGUUUUUGUAGGGAGAAAAGACCGCACUGUAAAGGUUAAUGGGCAGCGCAUUGCUUUAGAGGAGAUUGAAUGUGCAUUAAGAGAACACCCAGAUGUAGUUGAUGCUGCUGUUAUUUCCCGUAAAGGUCAAGGAGACGUAGCACUUCUUGAAGCAUAUUUAAUUAUAAAACAGAACGAUGAUUGUGGUGAAAUUUUAAGAUCUUCUAUUAGGAGUUGGAUGGUCGACAAACUUCCCUUAGCAAUGAUUCCUAAUCGUCUCAGCUUCACCAAAACAUUUCCAAUGUCUUCGACGGGGAAAGUGGACUAUGCAUCAUUAGCUACUUUGACAAUUUCCGUGAAACAUGUGCAGAAUGAGAUUGGUGAGAUUCAGAAUGUUGACCUCUUGCAAAUUAUCAAAAAGGCCUUUUGUGAUGCUUUGAUGGUUAAUAUGGUUUCCAAUGAUGAUGAUUUUUUCGCAAUGGGUGGUAAUUCUAUUUCUGCAGCACACGUUUCUCAUAAUUUAGGGAUUGACAUGAGGUUGCUGUAUAUGUUUCCAAGUCCUUUGAUGCUUCAAAUGGCUCUUCUACAAAAUGACGGAUCAUGCAAUAUUGAUGUAAGAACAGGCACUAAUUGGAGAGCAAAUCUGAAAAUGUACAAGGACACCAUGCUCCUUCCCUUUGAUUCUAAGGCUUCUAAUCUUUAUAGCUCUAAGCCACAUGGAAGGAUUUUGAGGACCAUUCAUGACAAGAAUGUUAAUCAUCCUGUUAAAUGCUUGAAGGUGGCUUCGAAAUUGUAUUUGAAUUCAAAGGAUAUCGGUCCUGGAGAUUGUUAUCCUUGGAAUUCCUACUCAAUACCCUUGGCUUGUUCAUUUAGCCGUUGCAACAAAGUAAUUUAUGAAGGGGCAGAUAAGGGGGAUGGUUCAUGUCAAGCAGCCUGCUUAGCUGAAAUUCCUAGAUAUAAUAAAGGUGCUAUGAAAGAAUUGUGGAAAGUACAUAUGGAGUCUUGCGUUGAUGCAUCACCACUAGUUGUAUUUAAGGAUGGCGAUGUUUUUCUAUUUAUUGGAUCUCAUUCACACAAAUUUUUUUGCAUCAAUGCCAAAAGUGGUUUUGUCCACUGGGAGAUCAAACUAGAAGGACGAAUAGAAUGUUCCGCAGCAAUUCUUGGUGAUUUUUCACUGGUUGUAGUUGGUUGUUACCAAGGGAAAAUUUACUUUCUUGAUUUUUUGAAUGGCAAAAUCUGCUGGACUUUUCAGACAUGUGGCGAGGUAAAGUCACAACCGGUGGUAGACAAAUGCAGGCACUUGGUUUGGUGUGGAUCAUAUGACCAUAAUCUUUAUGCUCUUGAUUAUAGAAAUCACUGCUGUGUUUAUAAGCUUCCAUGUGGCGGAAGCAUAUAUGGAUCAACUGCAAUUGAUGAGGUUAACAACACACUUUAUGUGGCAUCAACUAGUGGCCGUGUUACAGCAGUAUCAAUAAAGGCUUUGCCUUUCAGUACAUUGUGGCUGCAUGAGUUGGGAGUGCCAGUUUUCGGGUCUCUCUCCAUCAAUCCUCAUAAUGGAAACGUUAUUUGUUGCUUGGUGGAUGGGCAUGUUGUUGCACUAGAUUCGAGUGGAUCCAUUAUUUGGAGGGGGAAAACUGGUGGGCCAAUAUUUGCUGGACCAUCCAUAUCUCAUACCCUACCUUCUCAGGUGCUCAUCUGUUCCAGAGAUGGAAGCGUUUAUUCGUUUGAUUUGGAAAAUGGGGAUCUACUCUGGCAGCACAGUGUUGGAGACCCAAUCACUUCAUCCGCUUAUGUUGAUGAGAACUUGCAGUUCGCAUCUGAUCUCUCCCAUCUGUCAGACAGGUUAGUUUGUGUAUCUGCCAGUUCUGGGAGCGUCUAUUUGCUUCGAAUCCAUCCAGAUGCCACUGGGGGGAGAAAUCUUCCAAAGAAAGAUGUGGUGCGGGAAUUUGCUAGGUUGGACCUUGAAGGAGACAUUUUCUCCUCUCCAGUGAUGAUUGGUGGCCGGAUUUUUGUUGGUUGCAGGGACGAUUAUGUGCACUGCAUAAGGGUAGAGGGCCUGACUUCAGUGGAAAUAUGAAGCCGUCAACAGCUUUCUAAGUCUCACAUAAACGAAACAGUCAAAUUCACAUGGUUCAAGCAGAGAGACCAGAAUUUCUCUUUUUCCGCUCCCUCAGUCUCUCUUCCUUGAAGAUUUAUUGCGGUGGUUUAGAAUUAUGGCAGCAUCUUGUUUGGUACAAGUCUGAGAAUCUAUUUUUCAUAGACCCUCAACCUUUGAUCAAACAAUGUUUACAUGCAGUGAGGUGAAGGACUUUUCUUGAAGCUAAGAAAUUAAUGAGAAGAGUAGGUUAAUAUCACAGACAGGGAUUCUUUUGAGAGGUGCUUCCGUGAUUCUGUUGUUGUGCCUGAUACUCUGAUUCAUGAGGCAAACUCACAUCCAUGGGAAAUAUAUCAACAAUCUAUUUUCUGGCAUAGCUAGAGUUGUCUGUUUGUCUGAUAGCAUCAUUACCUUGUCAGCAAAUUUGGUACCGAGAACAUACGCAAUGGCGAUCAAGUUGGCUAUAUAGCACUAACGGAGAAUAAAGAGAUUUCCUAUUGAUUGCAGCUUUCUCCAGACCCCCGGGAAAAGAUGGGGAAAAAAUGGCUGAAUGGUGCGCACCUUGCCUUGCACCUAGGCUCCAAAGGACCUCUAGCGCCUUAGUGCGCCUCCUUUGAUAACACUGCCCAUGAGUGAGUUGAAGUUUCAUGUUUCCGUAAUCUACGGUUCGGGGAAGGAACUUAGAACACCAUAUGGAAAUGCACCCGCUGUUCUACAUCUUGAUCAACAAUGGUAAUCACAAUAAGAAAAGAAAUAUUAACUAUAAAGGAGGGAUAAUGUUCAAUGGCACAGUUGGGAGUGUAUCUAAUGUGGUGAUGCGGAUUUCAGGUCAGUACAAGGCAAGUCUCUGAAAGCCCUGAGUAGUGAACUUAUUUCUGCAGCAUCUCUAUGUGCAAUCUUUGGAAGAAAGGAAACAACAGAACCUUCCUAAAUUCAUAUAAAGAUGCUUCUACUGUUUAGGCUGAGAUUACCCUAAAUAUGAGCAAUAGGCUUAUAAAUCUGAGAAGAGUGAAGCUGGCUCAAAAUUAAAUGGGAUAUCACACUCUUUUUUCUACAUAAUUUGGCGUGGUUAUGACGGUAGCUGAUGAUGAUGUUUGUUUGCAUCCUUUCUUUUGGCUGCUACAUGUGCAAGGAGUGCCGCACUUCUCAUGCUGAAGGAUAAUUUUAAAGCUUCUCAAACAUUGAAAAAGUAUAUUGAGAAAUAAUCACAGUACCUAUUAGGUUUGAAAGUUUAGUAGCACAAGGUUUGGUUGCACUUGUCUUGGUGCUUCAGUCAAUUUAACGAAUCCCAACAACAUGCUUCACAACAGGAACCAUACUCUCAUAUUUUGGCAAUGCAAUGCAGAACUUGGAGGCACUUAUUUAAACUAAACAAGUAGGGCUUUAUGAAGCAUUUGCGUGCAAUGCUAAACCGACUGACUUGCUGGGAAGGUGUUCAGAUAUUGUCACCUUUUAAUGAUGGUUGUUUGUCUUUUAACCUCUCCAUGCUUGUAAAAUGAUUGAAAUUAGGAGAAACCGGGCAUUAUCUAUGGCUAGCAGUUCAGGAUUGUAUCCCUGUUGUCGAAUCAACUAUGGAAAUUGUGGUGACACCAACUGUGCAAGGUUCUUGCUGAAACGUUGCAUAAUUUACAGCCUGUAGUACAAUAGCAGCUUGAGAGAGGUAUAUUGAUGCAAAGAUUGUAAUAUCACUUGUUGAACCAACUGCAAGUUUGCUGCAAAACUUGUAUAUACCUCGUUGAACGGUUGCCCACUUUUCCUUCCGAGAAAAGUGGUAUUACAUUGCUUCCCUCUGACCCUCAUUUUAACAAUCCUCUUUAUUGAUGCCUCAGAAAUGUAACGAUGGUGAUUGAUGAUUUGCUUUCAAAAACCUUGCGCAUUAUUAUUACCAGUGAAGAACAGUCUAAUUGUUUAGAAUCUA